AUGUCGGACCAACCACCCCCGAUGGCAUCGGACGAUGUCGUCCUGCGUGACACUCCCGGCUACCGUGGCGACACGCAACUCUAUCUCAACUCGUUCCUCAUCGCCUUUUCGGCCCUCUUUGUCGGUCUCCGGCUAUACGCACGAUGCUUCAUGGUGAAGCGGCCGGGCAUCGACGACAUAAUUGCCGUGCUAUGUCUCGGCUGCCUGGUCGCCCUGUCAGUUAUGGAAAUCCGCCUGGUGCAGGUUGGCAGCGGUACCCACAUCCGCUUUGUGUCGGAGAACAGGCUCUUUGCCUUUUUUGACGCUUUGACAACCCAGAGUCUUCUGUACUUCUGGUGUGUGUGCCUGAUGCGCCUCCACAUUGCCGCAUUCCUGCCGAAUCUCCACAAUGACAAACGAUACGUGAGGCUCGUCUGGGGUGUUGGCGGCAUCACGCUGGUGUCGACCAUCAUCUUCUUCAUCGUCAAGAUGACGAGCUGCAAGCCCGUCAGCGCAAUGUGGCUGCCGCCUUUCAUCGCCGCUGACAUGUGCAUGUCUGGGAAUGCGCUCGACCAGAUGAUGACAGUCCACGCAGCGCUCGGUAUCGCGAUCGACAUCAGCCUCGUGGCGCUGCCCGUCUGGGUGAUCUACACCAAGAUGAUAUUCUCGAAGCGCAAGUUCCGCGUCAUCCUCAUCUUCGCCGUCGGCAUCUUCGUCAUCAUCACUGGCCUGGUGCGGUUCAUCCUGAUUCGGACGACCCCUUUCAAUGAAGACGCUACCUACUCAAUGAGCACCAUCGGCCAAUGGACCGAUCUGGAGGGCCACGUGGGCCUCUGGUGCGGCUGCUUCCCGGCCCUGCAGCCCAUUCUCCGAAGCUUCCUGACCAGCAUCGGCGCAAGCCGCCUCCUCUCGAGCUCCAAGCGCAGCCGCACCGGCGGCGAGGCCUACGGCUACGGGCCCGGAAAGGCCGGCCCCAACGGGUCCAGGGGCUGGAACCGAUCCAACGCCAUCCCGCUCUCCUCGGGGCCUAAAGGUGGCACGAACCAUGACGACAAUGACAACAAUAGCCAGAAGGGCAUCAUCCAGGACGACUUUGAGCUGGUGGAGGUGGGGCGUGGGAAGAACAGGUCUCGCGACAUUGUCAAGAAUACACGCGUGCAGAUUACAUAUCAGGAAGGUGGCUCGUCGAGCGAGGAAGUGUCCAAAAGCGAGGUGUGGACUGGCGGCCGGGCUGCAUGA